UGUCUCAGCAGCAGCCGUCAGUCCGCCGUUAGCUACGGUUAGCCUGGGUUGGUUGGUGUUAGCAACUCGGAGUAGAUCUUAAACCUCCAAAUAAAUCAAACAGAGUCAGUUCUUCUCUCUCGUCUGACUGUUAUGAGUUUAAACAGAGCUCUGACAGAGCUAGCUACCAGCUAACGCCGCUGCUCUUCUUCUCUUUAGCUAGCGUUAGCUGCUAGCGUUAGCUGCUAGCCCCGUCACCGUUAUUUUCUAUGAGCAGCUAGCGUGCCAACGGAGCUAACGUUGCUAACCAGCUAGCUGUUGAGAUGAAAACACCGAAGAGGAGCCGUUAGCAUGUUAGCAUGGACACGCAGCCACAAUAACAGUGUGAGCGGUGUGUGAAUCGAUCAGCUGCUCAGAGGUCAGACAUGUUGACGUAGGAUCUGCUGUGAGUGUUUUAAAGUGAACCGUCACACACAGAGAUCAUGUCAGACAACGCCCCAAACAACAACAACAACGUCCCUCUGAACAACAACAACAACAACACGGGGCCAAACCGGAUCAGGAACCCCAACAUGAACCAGAACCCCCUCAUCAAUGUCCGGGACCGACUUUUCCACGCCCUCUUCUUCAAGAUGGCAGUCACGUACGCCCGUCUGUUCCCGCCAUCCUUCAGGAGAGUCUUUGAGUUCUUUGUUCUGCUCAAGGCACUCUUCGUCCUCUUCAUCCUCGCCUACAUCCACAUCGCCUUCUCUCGCUCACCCAUCAACUGUCUGGAGGCAGUGAGGGAGCGCUGGCCGCGUGAUGGGAUCCUGCGCGUGGAGAUCCAGAGAAACUCCAGCCGUGCCUCCGUCUUCAUGCAGUAUUACGACUCCUCCGGCCUGCAGGAGGAGCUGGAGGCCGAGGAGGGGGGAGGAGGAGCGGUAGCAGGGCUCAGCCUGGCAGCACUGCAGGAGGAUGAGGAGGAAGAGGAGGAGAUGACGGUGGAGAUGUUUGAUAACAGUUCAGUACAGUUUGAGCUGGACAUCGAGCCUCGUCUGAAGCCGUCUCUGGUUGGAGGAGAUGUCGGAGGAGGAGGAAGAGCGGGAGGAGGAUCAGAAGGAGGAGUGAACGGCAGUCAGGACGUCUCCUUCAGCCAGACCACUAAAGGUAUGCAGCCGCUGAAGGACUCAGUGUCUGAGCUGGAGAUGAUGACCCGAGCAGUGUGGCCUCAGGAGGAGUACAUGGUGGAGUAUUCACUGGAGUACGGCUUCCUGCGUCUCUCUCAGAGCACCAGACAGAGGCUGAACAUCCCCGUCAUGGUUGUCACUCUUGACCCGAUGAAAGACGAGUGUUUUGGCGAUGGUUUCAGUCGCUUCUUGUUAGACGAGUUUCUGGGAUAUGACGACAUCCUGAUGUCGAGCGUGAAGGCGCUCGCUGAGAACGAGGAGAACAAAGGAUUCCUGAGGAACGUGGUGUCUGGAGAACAUUAUCGCUUCGUCAGCAUGUGGAUGGCGAGAACGUCGUACCUGGCAGCCUUCGUUAUCAUGGUCAUCUUCACUCUAUCCGUGUCCAUGCUGCUCAGAUACUCUCACCACCAGAUCUUCGUCUUCAUUGUGGAUCUGCUUCAGAUGUUGGAGAUGAACAUGACCAUCGCCUUCCCAGCAGCCCCUCUGCUUACUGUCAUCCUGGCACUUGUCGGCAUGGAGGCUAUUAUGUCUGAGUUCUUCAACGACACAACAACAGCUUUCUACAUCAUCCUCAUCGUCUGGUUGGCCGAUCAGUACGACGCCAUCUGCUGCCACACUAACACCAGCAAGCGCCACUGGCUGAGGUUCUUCUACCUGUACCACUUUGCCUUCUACGCCUAUCACUACCGCUUCAAUGGGCAGUACAGCAGCCUCGCACUCGUCACCUCUUGGCUAUUUAUCCAGCACUCCAUGAUCUACUUCUUCCAUCACUACGAGCUACCUGCCAUCCUGCAGCAGAUCAGGAUCCAGGAGAUGCUGCUCCAGAACCAGCAGGCGGGUCAGAACAACCAGACAGCUCUACAGGACAACCUGAACAACAACCACAGACCAGGACCUGUGCCGGGACCUGGUCCAGGACCGGGGCCCGCCACCCAGCCCGGCUCCCCGAGCGGCCCUGCCCCAGGGCCUCAGACCGACGCCCAGCCCUCUUCCUCCUCAGGUCCUGCAGCCGGAGAGACAAGAGAUGUGAGGGCGGAGCUAAACUGGGUCGCACAGACCGCUGCCAUCAUCACGGAGGCCCUGUCUUCCACCCAGCACCUCCCCACUUCAGAGGGCGGGGCCUCAGGAGGUCAGGGGUCAGCAGCAGCAGAGCUCAGUGUGGUGGCUGAGUUCUGGAUGGGAGGGGCCUCAGGGGGAGGAGGAGGGGCCUCAGGAGGAAUAGGUGGGGCCUCUAGUGGAGAAGGGGCCGUAGGAGGAGGAGGAGGAGCAGCUUCAAGUGGAGGAGGAGGAGAACCUAAAGUGGAUUUAGUAGAAAAUAAACCCUCAACAGACGGAGGAACUGAUCCUCCAAUCAGACGGCUCCCUGUGGAGGAGGCGGGGCCCUCUGAGCCGGCUCCCCCACAGACAGACUGCCCCCCCUCACAGAGUCCAGGAUCAGACUGCAGAGCAGCACAGACCCCAUCCUGAUGACCUCAUCCCCCCUCAGUCUGUCUGAUCAGGUUAUUGAUCAAUGAUCAGCUCAUCGAUUGAUUCUAAACUUUAUUUUUUAAUCCAUACAGAUGUUUGAUUGAUUGAUUGGUAGAGGGGCGUGGCCUAAAUGAGGUGGUAAACAGGAAAUAAUCAAUCAGUCUGAUCAGAAACUGAUCAACAGAGUUCCACUUCCAUCAUCAAUAAACUGAUUGAUCUUUGGACUGUCAGGGUCAGUAAUGACUUUUUAAUCAAUGUCUCAUUCAGUUAUUGUUGAUUAGCGAUUGGUUAUUGAUCAGCCUGAUUCUGACAGACUGAAGCACAAACUGGACUCUGUAGAUUUCCCUUCACAUGCUUUUAUUUUGAAGAGGAAGACUCUUAGAGAACAGGAAGUCACGUUGGUGGACUGAUGGAUCAGCUGAUCAGGACUCCUGUUAGAUCGAUGCCUUAUCAAUAAUCCUCUCACGUCUGUGGACACUCCAGCAGACAGCCCUGCGAGCUGAUUGGAUGUGCAAUAUGACGCCGGUAGUGUCACUCCUCAGGCUGCGCCUCCUAACAGGAGGCGUGGCCUCUCACUGUGAUGUACUGAGCAGACAGAGACCGUGUGUUCAUGGAUGUUGGGAAAUAUUAGAGCCAAAUUCAACCUGAUGAGAGAUGAAAAUUAAACAGCUGAACAAAGACAUUUUCAGGUUUAACCUGGUCUUAUCCCCAGCUUAGAGACAGAGCAGGUAAAAACAGGUGAAUAAAGAGGAAUCAUGUUUUUGUUUGAUUAUUAAUCUGAUGAUGUCUGAAGAGUUCUUCUGUUUACUAAAAUCUGCUGUCAGUGAAUUACAACUGACCCUUUGUCAGCCCUGCCCUCCUUGGUUACUGCUUCAAGGUUAGACAGAAUCUCUGGUUGCUGGGCUUCUUCCACGUUGAUACAACUGACAAUAUCCUGUUAUUUCAAUUUUAUUCAUAUUAAAUAGGGUUGGGAAUCACUAGUGGCCUGGCAAUGUGAUAUUAUCGCGAUACUUGGGUCACGAUUCAAUAUUAUUGCGAUUUUAAAAAUUUUGCAACACCCUUGUCCUUCCCCUGGUGCUGCCAUGUUUGUUGUACUAAGUUUCUCCUGCUCCAUGACUGUCACCUCUUCUGACCUCACUGGACAAAUAAUUUUCCAUAAACUGAUUUUAUUUUCCUUUAUCACAGAGUUCAGUUCAUAUUAGCAAUGAAUUUGGAAAAAAUCAAUGUAUCACCAGACAAAAUAUUGCGAUACUAUGCUGUAUCGAUUUUUUUCUCCCAACCCUAAUAUUGAAUUGAUCUGAGUCUUUCCUAACCCAUCAAUAGAUUGAUUAGGGUGCAGGAAGAGAACUCCAAAACUCUAAAAACAUGUUAGAAUCAAAUGAAAUAUUACCGUUGUCUGAUGUUAGAGAUGUCAGCUAAAGCUGAGGUUCACUGUGAGACUUCAGGUCAACUCUGCAGCAGUCGUAGAUUGUCAGCUCACACUGUGAAACUGAAUCGAUGCACAACCGUCUGGCACGAUUUAUGUGCUUACUCUGCAUGGUCUGAAGGUCAUGCAUGAGCACUCACUGUACAGGUGAAGUAAAGACAGACAGUGACAUUGUCAGUGGAGUUUGCUUUAAAAAGACACACAGGGAGGUUGAAGUCAGAUGGUUUGUCAGCCACAAAACUGCUCUCACCAUCUCUCUCAAACAUAGACAGCAUUGCCAGCCAACACAACUAGCAGUUAAAUAAGAACAAAUACUCUGUCAGCUGUAGGUCUGACAGUAGGCCUGUUUCCUGCUUGUUUAUUUCCUUCCUAGUCACACCUGCUGAUGUCAUGUUAAUUAAAGAUGCUGUCUGACAGUUUACAAAGGAAAAAUGCCUCUAAAGUUGAGGAUUCUGCUCAUGGUUCCUCUCUCACCAUGGGAGCGUGAACAACCAAAAUAUCAGACAUGUCAGGAAUCCAUCCCACCAGUCAGGAGCAGCAGAUGGGGCCAUAGUUAGCUGUUGUUUCCCUCUGUAAACUGCAUGACAACGCACAAUACAGCUAAGUGCCUCUAUUACUAAAAGAGAAAUGAGAUGUCAUACAUUCUGAUCUGCUGUAUUAGACCACUAGUAAGUUUUUAGUUGAUGCCAGUGAUCACAAAAUGCCUUCCAUAUAACAAUUUUUAGAAAAUAAUUUCAGAAGGUAUUUUUUACCCAUUAUUGUGAAGAUAUGUACAAAAUAUUGGUUUAACCUCCUGAGACCUGAGCCUUUGUUUGGAGAUCAUCUUUAGUUUCUCCCUCUUAUUUGGGAUAAAUAUCAGUCUUGUAGUUGAACAGGAAUUUCUCUUCCUGUCCAGAACUCAAACAAUUCAAUAAUUUAAAAAAAGAAAAACUACCCAAAUAUUUCUUUAGAUACUCCUCAACUCUUUCAGGGAAACUUCUUCAUAAAGCCUGAAAAUUCCAAUAAAAAUUUCCUCAAAAAUUCUAUGUGAAUUCCUGAAAAAAUUCAAGCGAAUUCCCUUAAAUUUCUUGACAAAUUUUUCAAAACAAUUCCCCAAAAUUCCAUGAAAAUGAUGGAAACAUCCCACCCUAAAAAUUUCUAAGAAAAAUCCUAAAAAUUUCAAAUGACAAUCCUGAGCCCCAAAUUCCCAAUCCAAUUCCAAAAGAAAUUGGUAAUAAAUUCUCUAUAUUCCCAUGAAAAUGCACAAAACAAUGAAAUAAAUUUGAAGCAAUGAAACUCUCCAAAAUAAACAAUCAAAUCCUCUAAAUUUCCAUGAAAAUACUUUGAUAACUUUCAAGGAAAUUCCCUGAAAUAUCCAAACAUCAAAUUAUCCCAACAUUUCAAGGAAAUAUCUUAAACUUGAAUGGACAUUUGGGGCAAUAAUAAAAUCAACUUAGCCCCGCCCCCAGGUUCAGUUGCUCCUCCCUGCUAGGAAGAAGGUUCUGCCCUCCUCUCCUGAUCCAUCAGGAGAGCCACAUCCAUUAAGCUACAUCUAUUUCCUGAGAGGGGCGGAGUCAGACAGCUCAUUAACGCUUAAAGCCACAGAGAGAAACUGCUUGUUCUGAGCAGGGCUGAAACAGAGGGGUUUUUAGACAUGCAAAAAUCCAAUACUGGAGUGUUUUUUUCAGCUACAAACUUCACAGGCAUGUUUUGGGGACCUCUGGGACCAAUUUAAACUUGUCUUAAAGGGUAAAAUAUGUGACCUUUAACUGAAAUUGAAACCCUCAGUCAUUAGCUGAGAUUUCUGCUGAUAUAAAAGUAAUCUGUGGGCUUGUCUGCACACAACUAUCCAUGAAUAUGCCUGGCUAUGCAUCAGGGUUGAAAUGAACUUUCUCACCUACCAGUCUUUAUGCCUGGUGGAUUCAAAAAUCUAACAGCCACUUUAUUUUAACAAGCAGCAUAACAAGAUGAGGUAUCAUGAAAAUUAAGAAUAGUGCACAUCUUGUUUCUCAAUCAAGACUAGUAAGUUAAGCGAGGGUUUGUCCGAAACCUGUCCUGUCUGUAAAUUCAUUUGGGAUUUUCCUGCAUUGCUAUCAUCAGACUUAAGAGAAUUUCAUAUUUUGUGCACGAUUCCUGUAAUCUACACCAGUAUUCAGGCCUUAUUUAAACUAUCUUGGACUUAAAAGGUACAAACAUUGGUAUAAAGACCUUUCAGGUAGACCAGAUCAUUACAGCUGACUAUAAAGGGAAGAGCAGGCGGGGUCCUUUGGGCCUGUUCCUAAAGUUGGUAGAAAAAGUGGACUCGAUUUGGAUCAUUUUAGCAUCUCAAAACCACUCUAAAUGUUACUUUUAUUUACCUGCCUCAGAGGCUGGAAAGUUGAGCAGAUUCACCAGACACUGUUUAAAAGCACCCUAAUUUGGCCGGUGCGAAAGUUCCAUCUCGUUGUGCACAAGGUCAUGCUUAACCACCUCCAGGAACAGUGGGGGGUCCCCGGUCUCUGGCACUGUUAGUUUCAUGGUCACAGGCUUGAACAUUAGGCAACCCCUGGUUUACGUUACAGAACAGCAGUGUCAGAAUUUCAUUAUGCUGUUACAAGCAAUAUAAUGUUAUUAAGUUUACUGUUCAGAACAUUCUAGCAACUUUACAUGAUUAGUGCUUCUCAAACUUAGUAUUAUUAUUAUUACUAUUAGAGAGUUUUAGCCCACCAACAAGCACAUGUAAUAUUUCAUUGUGAUCGUCGUUGGGUUGAGCUCUCAGUGUGGUUCACAGAAGAUCAUAAUUAGCCUUCGUUAAGGAAACAGGAUGAUGCAGAUAUCCUGAGUCACCAAAUUAAAGUCAUACUUUAACUCAAGUGCUCUGAAAAGAUGACAUAACUGAAACUUUGCCCAACCAGAAGUAGCCCAGCAACUUUCUAUUAAAGAGGGCUUUCUGAUUGGUAGGUCAGAGGACCAAUCAGAGGGCUAACAAAGGGUCACCUGGUACCUGAACGCUCCCUCAGCCUGCUCAUCACACCUCUGUGAAGAAGGCGGCGCCUGAGAGUGACAUCACACCUGAUGUGUUUUAGUUUUUCUCUUUGUGCCUCCAAUGGACGACUCAUCAACUUUAUCUGAUCUGCUAUUCCUUUUUAGACCAGUUAAACCAGUAUCAGGUUCAGAUGUAGCACUGGUGAAUCAGUCAGUAUGUUUACAUGCAGUUAGAGUGUGUUUACAUGCAGUGGCUGCUAGGUCAACUCAAACUGGACUUUAUAAACCCAGAUGUACAUUUUUAUUUAUGUUUCUGCCAAUCAGCAUAAAUCCAGUGAACUGCUUGGCGACUUGUGAACCCGCCUACUGGAGCCUGGUCCAACAGUAGUGAGCUGAACGGCGCCAUAUCGCCACCUAGUGUUGUGGAGUCUGAUAUAUUAGCAUCAGUAAACCAGUUCUCUCCUGGUUCUUGUAUACUGGGACAGAGAGAGUCAUCUAGUUAAAUCAUGAACUGUUCAGGUAAACUUACUGACUGACAUCAGUGGCACCAGAUAAAACAGUACCAGUUUAACUGUAACACCAGUGAGCUGAGGUGUUUCUCUCGUGGAUGUUAUUUUUUUUCUUCCUGCUCAUAGUCAGUGUAGUUUUAUUUUUUUAUUUCCUUUAAAGGUUUCAGAUUGAUCAGAGAUGGCACUGAGGUCAUGUGACCUGGCUGCACCGUCAAAAUAAAAGCCUCUUUAUUUAAACAUCCUGUUUGUAACACAAAAACAGCUGAUGCAAAAGCUUUAGAUAUAAAAAUCAAUAAUAUCAGUGAAAAUAUCAGAAAAUACAUUUAAACAUGAGAUUAAUAAAAGACAAAAACUGCAGACUAAA